AGGCCCAGAGGGGGCAUAUGCCCCCCUGGAUUUUUGAUAUUUAAAUUUUAGUAUAUGUUUUCUCAAAGCUUUUUCAUAUAUGCCCUCUUUAUCAACAAAAAUUUUAAAUAUAUCCUCACAAAAUUUAAUCUCAAAUUAUUUUAUUUCUUUAUAUUGUUCUUCGGGACUUAAGUAGCUGCACAUUAGCUUAAUGAAACGUGUUUUCCGCACACUGGCCGAGCAUUUUCAUGGGACAACAGUAACGAAAUACGUGUAGAUAAUAUGUACUUUCCACUAAAAAAAACAAAUUUGAGAAUUGGGUUUCGUACAAUUUUGUCUCCGCCCUCUUUCUUGAUCUUCCUCACCCCUAAAAUCUCGUAUAUUCGUUCAAUUAUCCGAAAUAAAAAGAGGGUGUUAUGUAUUAUUUGAAUCAGUGUCUCGAGAAUCAAGCAAAAAAAAAAAAAAAAAAAAAGAAGAAAGAAUCAGUGUCUCGAGAAGCCCAAUAGAAGCAGAGAAAUAUGGAAGAUAUUGUACCAGAAGCAGAAGCCAAAGAUCAUGAAGAUCAUCAAGAGGGGUCCUCAAACCAUUUUUUGCCAAAAGUGAUUUGUGGGAUGGGAUCUGGAGAAGAGAGAGAAGAUGAAAAGAAAAGAGGUGGGGUUAUGAGCCAUCUUAUAUCCAACUUUGUCUCUCCACCGAGUCCCAAGGCAGCGCAAAAUGGCGAAGUUCAAAAUGGGGUUUUUGUUUCGAAGUCUGAGGAAGAUGUGGGAAAUCAUGGUGGGAUCAUGAACAAUCUCAUUUCCAAAUUGUUCAAUCACAGUGAAGAUGUGAAACAAGGUGAUGACGAGGGUAGUUCUGAGAAGAAGAAAGUUGACAAAGGAAGAAAGAAAGAGGAGAAUGAAGAGGAGAGUGGGGACAACAUUGUUUCUCACUUCCCAACUUCUAUUCCAGAUGAUGCUGUUCCCACAACUGAUGAGGCCUUCAUUCUAAUUCAUUCCAUUGUCAAAGACUAGCAAUAACAAGCUUUGUUACAUAUUUUGUGUUUUUUUCUUCUUGUAAGUUUUGUUCCUCUACUUCAUGAUUUGUGUUUUUAGUUCCGGGUUGUCAAUAUUUUUGUUCAGCUUGAGUUGUCUUUAUGUACUUUAACAUUUCUGGUCAUUUUAAUGUUUUGAAAGAUCCAAAGUCUCUGAAAGUUUCAGAGUGUUAGAAGAGGCUUAAUUGGGAUUUUGGUUGGAGAUGCAUUGUGGCAGAGUUAAGGCAAAAUGUGAAAUAUAUGCCAUUCGCAGCAAAA